UUACAACACUGUCAAGUGCUUUCAUUUCAAGUUCGACAUUGCUUUUAAUUGUCCAUCUUUUAUGCAAAAUUUCUCUAGCUUCCUCUAGCCUCGGGCAAUUUUUAUCACAUUUUUCUUCCUUGUAUCAUGUUUACUUGAAAUCACCUUUCUUCAAACCCCCACCUUCCCCCCUUCCCCCCCCCAAAAAAGCUGAUAGUCUAUGCAAAUAUACGCAUUAUUUGUAAGACAUCAUUCAUAAGAAAUUGUCCCCAAAAUGAUCAAUAGAUCGACCGUUUAUAGUAAAGAUCACUGUUUUAUAAUAAAGCAACAUUGUUAUAAGUUGAAGAGAGAAGGACUGCUGAAUUCACCUUUGAAAACUGAAGUUAGCGUCACCGGUCCUGAUUAUAAAUAUUUUGCUCUCUUGUGUUUCUUGGUGGGAUUUUUCAACUGUUCUGAAACUUCUCAUAGCUAAGCCGUAUCCGUUUUUUUUACUAGUUAACCUUUCUCAUAGUCUCGUUGAUCACCCCAGACUAUGGCAAAGCAGCUCUAACAGAGUGACAAACCGCGUUUUUUCUACCUAUCGGCACUCCCUGUCCCAUCAAAGCCUUGCAAUGGAGGCCGUUGUUUCAUCUCGAGUAGACCUGAAGGAGGAUCGAUUUCAUUCCUUGACCACAACUAAAUGCUUUUGUCUUCGAUCACACGAUCACGUCUUAAGGUCAGAUUUCAUUAAACCUGUCGUUUGGAACUUUUUUCCAACCUAAGUGUUUGACUGUGCAGGAAAAUAUUACGUGUGAAAGGAAACUUAAUAGGGGAUAGGAAAGUCUUGACGCCUCCCACUCUGCCACUUGAUUCCCAUGCCAGUUAAUCUCAGAAGCCAUUAAGCUAUAUCUGGCAAUUGCUGUAAGCGCAAAUAUAGCUUUUUCUAGCUCAACGUCUGUCUUAACCCAUAUGUCAUUGACUGUCAGUCGACGGAGCUGACCCAGAUUUUUGUCUACACUACAUUUCUUCUAAAGGCUAAUGUUUCAAGGAAACUUAACAUGACCAUUCAGCCCCUUUUCAUCUUUAAAAUAUAUUGAAACAAGUGAUUCAGUGCUUUCUUUGACAUCUGUUCGAUUAUGGUCCUAUUUUCUAUUCUUUAGAGGGGGCUUUGCCAGGACCGGGGCAAGGGGCUUUUGAGAAAUAGGCCUAAUGACCAAAGCCAGAUCUAGAAAUCCUAUUUGAUUCUCCUUGAAACCGGGAACUGAAAACCUUGUCUACACAUAAGUUCUUAAAAUUCAAGUGCUUUCGGUAACAUGCCUGUGCAUAUAUCAGGUUUAAACUUGGCAUUACGCAAUUUUAUAUGCCCACUGAAUGUUUUUUGUUUCCACUGUAAAACUGCCUGAUAAUUGCCGGUGCAAAUAGAAACUUCGAUUCCACAUCACAAGACCCUUUGUCCGUGAAGCGCCUUCUCGUUACCCGUGAUAUUUUGUUUGCUUUCUCAUAUUUUUGCUUUUGGUCACCUUUUUGUCGAAUUUUGUUUGAAUGACAUUAAAUGAGUGAAUAAUUUAGCGACAAGUCCAUGGUUUCCCAGAUUCGGUUUUCGCCGUAGAGAUGGUUUUCGCCAAGUGUAUUCCAUCAGUUUCCCUUUUUUCAUUACCACUGUGUAAAUAUAUCCGCCAAUAGAAUCCCCCGCUAUACAUCUUCUCAUUCAAGUCGAAGACUCUAAGUCUUAGAACAGAAGGCAAAUGGGGACUGCCCUUUUUCCCUUAAGUUAUUUUCUAUGAAAUCCAAUGUCUCUAUUUCCAUCUAAGCUGUCUGCUAACAGCAAAGUGUAAUUUUAUAAAAAGUAGUGGUUGAAUGAUGAUGACAUAGCAAUAUAUUUUAGGGAACUUUUAAUCUGCUAGAUAACCUAAAAGACACCAAGAGACAGUUUUAAAUGUUCAAAGUGUUUAAAUCUAUCAAAAACCUGAAGAAGUUUGACCAGCGAAAGAUCGCAGUUUUGCUUAUAUGAGUAACUGUUGUCUUCUGUCUGAGUUCAUUGAAAUAUAGACAAACCAUGACCAAAUUGCAGAUAUUGGACAGAAACAGGGCCUGUUUGGCCAUAUUUAAAUCGUCGGUUUAGGGCAUUUUGCCUCUGUAAGUGUAUUUCAUGGUUUUUUGGCAUGUUUAAGUUUUGGAAAUGCGAAACAUUUCUUAAAAUAUUUCUGCAAAAUUUUUAUCCCUCGUUACCAAAACAACACUCUCUCCUCCACCCUCCGCACCUACCUGAACCCUGUAGUUUAAGCGCUACCCUAUUGUAUUUUGUAGCUUGUAGCGGUCAAUGUUGUAAACUGUUUGUUGAUUGUUUUCAUGUAAUGCUUUUGUGUUUGAUGUUAAGGCCACAAGGUUUCAAUGUACCUUCCCUGUGAAAUCGUCUUGCGAAUAUGUGAUGUUAUUUUCAUACUUUAUUGAAUAAAUUGGUGAUUUAAAUAGCCGAAGUACUAGAGUAUCCGAUCACUUACUUUCGAUCUUUGCAAUCACCCUUCCCUAAGAGAAUAAAAUACCCAUCCAAAUUUCGCUUAAUUCCUCCUAAACCUCGAGCAUAGGGAUGCAGCCAAACAAGUAAAGGCAUGAAAAUGAUAUCGAAAGUGGCAAUGGAAACAGAGAACCAUUUGACUGCAGCCGGGUAGAAAUCAUGACAAAUAGUUUCUGUCUGCCUGUUCUGUAAGUUAUGCUUAAAGGUUGCGCCCUGUUUGCAGAUAACUCUGCAAGAAAAUUGGUGAAAAAACCUGGCAGUAAAAACUUUUAUUUGGACACACAGACCAAAGUCUAAAAUAAAUUGGGAAACCUAGAAUAAUAGCAGCUGAAGGAAUCUUUCCCUAAUAGAAAGAAUUAUUUAGAUCUGGCUUCUGGUUCUAAAAUUCCAAAUUCUUUACUAUUCUUGAUCCAGAAUAUUGCAACACCAGGUUCAUUACUGCACCAUCUUGAAUUUAGCGAAGACACCAAUGGUCAUAAAUACUCUUUGAUUUCGUUCUGCGUCUGAUUAUGGGUCACUAAAAAGUCAUUAAAGGACUAAAAAGGGGCUCCUCGGGGGAAAGCUGAAGGAGACUCCUCGAAUGAAAUAUCCCUAACAACAUUGAAAUCACCUUGGAAUCAUUUUGGUAUUUAAAGAAUGCUUCAAACUGUAAUUAUAUCUCCUGUCUCCUGGCCUUUCUUCAGAAAAGUUUCCGCCUUUUAUUUUUGUAACUCUGAGUAUCAAAUGAGCUGCAAACAUGAGAAGACAACGAAUGGAGCCCUACUUAAAAAGUACCACAAGGACAUGUACGUGAAGAUUGUCAAAUAAUUUGAACGCCUUGAAUUGAUAACUUCUCUGGUCCAUUUUGGGAUUGCUGCAUUAAAAGGUUGAGGUUUGUAAGAAUCCUGGCUGCGUAGGAUAUAUUGAGGGGCUAAACGCCUUUUCGUUUCCAUGGCUUGUCUCCAAAACUAAGUCUCUUGCUCUUAAGGCUCAUACAAUCAUUUGGUAUUUUGGAAAUUGGAACUGAGCUCUUGCCCCUAUACGCAUUAUAAAAAAAUUUUAGUCAUUGUUAAAAAAGCUUUUUAGAAUGUUUAUUAUUCCUGAAGCUAAAUUGGGCCAAAUUGCUAAACUUUUCAUUAAUGAAACAUAGAAAAGUUUUACAUCCGAUGGUUCCAUUUUUUGUUUUUUCUACCUUUGUCAUCUUUGCUACAUUGAUUUAAGCACUAAACAGCAUCGUCUUUAAGCUAAACUAAAUAUUGUGCGUUUAUUUAUUUCGCCUCCCCUCUUCGUCCGUCUCCUUCGCAGAAGUCCAUAGGAAGGAAACAACUACUCCUCUCUCAAGAACGAAAUAGACUUAGAGCAGGUCUAUAUUCCGAUCAGAUCAAGACCUUUAAAAGGAUGACACAGCUGCAUAUUAAUAGCCAGUAAAUCACACUUGAUGGAAAAUUGUCCAGCAUCAUUCUGAAAUGCCUGUUUUUGCGGUGAACUAUCAGUCGAUUUUCACCCGCAAUAGACAGAAAAUAGAGGAUUAUGCUCCCGCCUCCACUCAAAGGAACCAACUACCGACGCUCAGAAUUAUGGCCAUUUCACACAGGAAGGAAUUGGACCUUGUCAAUUUGCUGGAGACAAGGGUUUUAAGAAGAGGGAGCAAAGCAAAGCUGUCACUUGAAGAACUGACUGGGUCAGUGCAAUUGACUUAAUCGUAUAGGGGCAAGAACGUGCACAGUGAAAAGGUCUGAUAGGGACCAUCUCAGAAAGUAGUCAGAGUAUCACAACUAAGUCUACAGCAUUUGCAAAUAGAUUUUUGAGACUUGGAAUCAAGCUGCAUAGAGAUUUUGGCACAAAGCUUGGACGCUUGACUUUUAUUCGCAAUCAAUCAUCACUGAACUGCCAAAAUACCGAAUACAUAUCAACAGCAGCAAUGUGGACAGAAGAAGCUUUCGAUCCUGACAGUUUCCCAACAAUGAUUCUUAACGAUGAAAAAUAUGCGCAUAAAAGACCACUAACAGACGAAGAGUACAUCACCUUGACUCAAGAGUUCGUCUGUGCCUCGGCGCAGUCACAAAGCAAAUUUCCCAUGGCCUCUACGAACUUUGCCAGUCAAAUGAAAUCACCCUUUAUCGAUACAAACAACGCCAGACAAUAUGACUUCUCAGGUUAUGACUUUAGACCCCAGAACUUCAUGUCGUACGAUUUUCAGCCAAAUUCAGUUCAACCUUUCGAGGUCCGCCGAAAAAGGCAUCGCAGCAACAGUUUAAGAAGCGAAACAAGUAACGAGACAAGCAAAUCGGAAGACGAAGGUAACGACCAUCGAACACUGGCUAAUGUCAGAGAGCGACAGCGUACGCAAGCCUUAAAUGACGCAUUCAAUGCGUUACGCCGUAUAAUACCGACGCUACCUUCAGACAAAUUGUCGAAAAUUCAGACGUUACGGCUUGCGACCAAGUAUAUUGAUUUUCUAUGUCAAAUUUUGAGCAAUGACGAAAUGAACCCAAACGCUGCUGCCAGUUGUUUUUACAUAGCACACGAGCGCCUUAGCUAUGCCUUCAGUGUUUGGCGAAUGGAAGGUGCUUGGGGCAAUGAUGGCGGGGAGCGAGAGAGAGACCGUAGCAGCAAUUAUAACGUUUGUUCGCACCCAGAAACGUAUCCCGAACAACAAUUCUUGCAGGGUCAACAUCCUGAUAGAUUUUUGUGAAUUGCUGAUAUUUUUCAAACUUCUGGCACAGAAGAGGUGUAUUUAAAGGUGCAGAUUCUCUUCUUUUAUUACUUUAUUACGACAAAAAUAGCUGGUUUAAUUUAGGCAUAGACUAACUUUUCCAGUUUUAAUUUCACCUCUUGUGACGUGUUUUCUCGAAAAUAGGCAGGCCGCACUCCUUUUAAGGAUCAAAGGUUUGUUACAUCAGCUUUGCUUUUGGUCUACCUAAUGUGUUGACUUGAGAAAAAUUUACCAGCUCUCGUUUAACUAGUUUUAGAUCCAACCUGGCCCGUCACGUCUUCACUGAAUCUUGUGGCAAGUAAUCGGAUACUCAACACCAAAUAAUUUCUAGUAAUUUUAAUGUAAGAAUCAAUUUGCGGUGGCUAAAUGUUUCUCUGGCGAAAUCACACAAAUAGGUUUAUCAGCUGACAAAACGGCCAAGAAAUUGAUUUUCUAGAAUAUCUGACGACAAUCUAGGAAAUUAUACACGCCAUGUGAUGGAAGUUAGGAAUAUUGACAGAUUGUGAAGUUUUGUUUGGUUGAAUUGUUAAGAUCUAUUUACAUCGAUGGGGAAUAAUAGACAUCACUCUUCUCAACCUCAGUUAGUUCAACGUAAUAUAUCGAGGCUCAGAUAAUAGCUUUGGAUAGAUAAUAUUCAAAAAAUUAGUCAAUACACUUCCAGUAAUGUGACCUGAAUGAGUCAAACUCCAAUGCAAUUGAGCUACUCCUAUUAAAGAUUGUAUGGAAGGUUUCAGCAAAACAUUUUCGUUUAGAAUUAUUUCAUCAAAUCUUAACUAUAAGUCCCAACAAAUAUGCGUACAUUUGUGUGAUGCAGCAAAAGAGAUACACGAUCUUGUCACUAACUGCCAACCAAAGCCCAAACAAUUUAUUUUAAUAAAUACGUGUUCUUAAAUCUCUCAACCAAAUACAUAACUUUUCUCUAAACCUUAACAAAAUUGUGCCCAUAAUAUACAGUUGCUAAGAAAUAGUUAUUUAUAAUAAGCUUCGUCAUAUUUAUAUUACCAUUGUUUUGUAGUAUCAUAGUAGACUUGAUUUGCAUAAAUUAUCAUAAAUCACCAUCAUUUAUUGUCAUAUUGACCAAUCAACUUGAUUCAUUCUCACAAUUAAAAUAAUCAUCAUCACAGUGUCGUCGAUCUUGUCGAGCACUGCCGAACAUAUAGAGACCAUAUUUAGUUAUACCCGACAUUUUCGUUAAUGCUUCGAUUUAAGCUUUUAGUUUGUUUCGUUAUUUGGAACUUUAAUUUAUAUUACUUUAAGUUGAUUCUGUUACUUCAAGUACAGUCAAACGUCUAUUGACGGAUAGCUCAAUAAUAGUAUAGUUAUUCAUCCAGCAAUUACAUUUUUAUAGCAGUAAAUUUGCUUGUUAAACAUGAUCACAGAACUAUAAUUGUUAUUCAAUUUAGUUCCCUAAACAAAUGCCUAGCUUAGUAUACCAGAAUUACAACACAACAAUUCCAUAUAGAAUUUAAUAUGUUGGCAACAGUAAGAUUCUGCUCUUGAUGAAUUAUUACUAAACAUGACACAAUUUUCUUGAAUAUAUUUCUAUACAUUAUUUCUAUAAAAUAUCAUUAUAAUAAACAAUAUGCCUUGGUCGUAUUGAAUCGCUAAAAAUCGCUGAUUAAUAUUGCUUCUGCAAUGAUCUACUUAUUGUCAACAGAAUCUGCCGUGCAGUUUAUUGUAGCUCAAAAGAGCAAUAGAAUAAAUAAAUAAAUGAAAUUAUAUUACCAGA